UCAGAGCCGCGCGACGGCGGGGCGGCCAUGGGCGUCUGCCAGUUCUUCCUGCGCGGCUACUGCCGCUUCGGGGACCGCUGCUGGAACGAGCACCCCCGCGGCGCCGCGGGCCGCCCCGGGCCGCCCCCGGCCCACGUUACUAGCGGAAGAGGAGGAGGAGGAUGGGGUACCUCUAACCAGAGAUACAGUAAUGUUAUCCAGCCGUCUUCCUUCAAGUCUGAUACAUGGGGUGGCAGCAGAGAUCACGGAAGAGGUUUCUUUGGCUCCUCUGACUUUGGAUCCUCAGGAGGCAGCAGCAGAAAUGCAGACUUUUCACAGAACAGGUUCUCUGCCUUAGCCAACAGUCAGAGUGUUCCUGAUGGCUCUAAAGAUGAAGAGGAGAGACUUCUUGAAUGUGUAGUGAAAGACAUGGAAAUUUGGGAAUCUUCGGGACAGUGGAUAUUUUCAUGUUACUCACCAAUGAAAGAGAAACCAAAUGUUUCAGGCUUUUCAGAUGUCUCACCAGAAGAGCUGCGACUAGAGUAUUAUGACAGCAGAGCAAACAAUAUCAUUGGGAAUUAUAUAGAUGCUGUCCAAAAGUUAGCACUACAAUGGAAAAAUCGGUUACUUCAGUUGAAAGCUUUAAAUACAUCAACUAAAGCAUCUUUGCUCUCUGCUUUCAAGGCCAUGGGCACUCAAGCAGCACCUGCCUUUGGAAUGGGAGGACAGCAAACCUCAGGCUUUGGGCUGUCAAGCUUUCCUGUGAGCAGUAGCAGCAGCAGUACCAGUGCCAGCAGUUUCUCCUUUAAAGCCAGUUCCAGCCUCAUCAGUUCCACAUCAUCUGGGAGCAGCCCUGCUGCUGGGAGCUCUUCUGCUGCUGCAAAUCCUCCUGCAUUUGGGACAGCAUCCUCCCCUAGCACAGCCCAGUCCGUGGGCUUUGGCAGCGCGGCCGCUCCAUCCGCAGCCUCCUUCUCCUUUAAAGCAGCUGCCACGGCUGCUGGCUUUGGGAGUUCUGCCUUCUCAGGCUUUGGCAGUGCUUCUGCUGGGAACUCUGCAGGCACCACUCCAGCAGCCUUUGGAGCCUUUGGUGCCACCGGAGCUCCUUCUGGCUCGCCCUCGAGCGGUGCUUUAUUUGGACAGAGCAGCAGUGCCUCUGCACAUCCUGUCACCUCAGCGUCUGCUGCAGUCACCAACUCCAGCCCUGCCUCAGAGAAGUUAUUCACUCCCAAGAGCGAACUGUCAGCUGAAGAGUGGCAACAGUUUGAAGCAAAGGAGUUCACAAUUGGAAAGAUACCUCUGAAGCCACCACCAUUAGAACUUCUAAAUGCUUUCGACCUUUUAAGUUUAUUCAGAAGUAACAUGUUUUGAAAUUUAAUAAAAUGCUACUUGUAACUUUUGUUUCAUCUCUCAAGUCUCCUGCAGGAAUAAAAUUAUAAGUAUAAACAUGUGGACUUUGUAUUUUAUAAUUUCUUGGUUAUUUUGGGACAGGCUUUUUACAUCUGAACUGAACUGUUGAAAAUAAAAUGGAAUAUUUCCUUCUAA